AUGCUGAAAGUUAUAGGUUACUCUAUAGAUGAAGUGUUCAAUUAUUUUGUUAAAGAUCCUAAUGUGUGUUUGGAUUUUGGUCUUAGACACUUUAGUGAUGAUGAUGAUGAGUUAGAUUAUGUGUAUGACCAACUUAGAAAAGGAUGCAAGUUAGUAGAUUUGUAUGUUGAAAUAGGAGACUCUAGAAUCAAGGAUUCAACUGCAAUGAGCCUGGCUUUACUAGAUAAUGUGGGUGAAGAUAAUGUGGUUGAGGGUGAGUCAGAAAGUAGCGAGGCAGUUUCUGAGGGUGAGUCACAAAGUAGUGAUAAAGAGAACAGUGAUGAAGAAGAUCCAGAUUACACAUUUGAUCAGGAACCAGAUAAUCCAGUGUUUGAUUAUGAAGUAGAUAUGACUCAGUUCAAGGCAUGUGUUGACUUUGAUCCUGAUGAAGUCAAUGAGACAAUUAAGGAUGCUAGAAAUGAGAAUACUAAAGAAGAACUUAGGCAGGAAGAUAUAACUUGUGAUCAUGAGGAUUUUAGUGAUAAAGAUGAUAACUGUACACUGCUGGACAAGGUUGCCAAGAAGGUAAGGAAGAAGAGAAAAAAUACUGGUAAUGUUAGUGACUCAUACCUCCCAUUUUCAAUUGGUCAAUUAAUAGCAGAUAAAAAACAAUUGAAUGACAUGGUUAAGACAUAUGUUGUUAAGAGUAGAAGGCAAAUUUAUAUAUUAAAAAAUGAUAAGUUGAGGUUCAGAGUUAUUUGUCUUGGGACUAAUCCUACUUUGGGUUCUGGUGAGGGGCAGAAUAGUAAAUUUAGAGGGCUAGGGUUAAAACAAGAUAAAAGGCACUUGAAGCCCACUUGUCCUUGGGCGGUUCAGAUCUCUAGGAGAACUGAAAAGGAAUCUUGGUGUGUGAAAACAAUUACCUCACAACAUCAUUGCCUCCAAACAAGAGAAGUGGGCCUGUACACCAUGUCUCAGAUAGCAAAUGAGAUCCAACCCAUAAUCGAGUCAAACCCUGACAUGCCUUUGCCAGCCAUACAUGAUAUGCUUGUGAAGAACCAUCAGGUGACUGUUUCAAUCCAGAAAGUGUUUAGGGCUAAAAGAAUUGCUACAACAAGGAUCAUUGGAGAUUGUAGAGAGCAGUAUGGUAUCCUAAGGUCUUAUUGUGAAGCACUGUUGAGGGCAAAUCCAGGUAGCACAAUUAAAAUAGAUUGUGAACCCUGUGCUAACCCUUGUCUUCCUACUAGGCGGCAAUUCAAGAGAUGUUAUGUUUGUUUUGCUUCUAUUAUGAGAGGGUUCAAGAUGUGUGGUAGAGAAAUAUUGGGACUAGAUGGAUGUUUUAUGAAAGGUCCAUUUCCUGGACAGAUUCUUACUGCAGUUGGUGUAGAAGGCAACAACGGUAUAUAUCCUGUAGCAUAUGCUUUAGUGGAGGCUGAAACUUUUAAAUCUUGGGAAUGGUUUUUGGAAUUACUCAAAGAUGAUCUUGGCUUAGCAGACAGUACCAACUUCACUUUCAUCUCAGAUAGGCAAAAGGGACUACUGCCUGCAUUAUCCAAAGUUUUCCCAGACUCUGAACACAGGUUCUGUUUAAGACAUAUCCACCAGAAUCUGAAGAAGGAUUGGCCUAGUGAUGUGUACAAAAACUUGUUGUAUGGAGUAGUAUGCAAGACAUCAAUGCCAUAUUUUGAAAAGGCAAUGGAAGAAAUGAAGAUUGCAGAGCCUGGUUUCCAUGAAAAGCUAUCAAAUAUCCCAGCAAGCAGUUGGUCAAAAGCACACUUUUUAGGUAGGGCCAAAUGUGACAUAUUGUUGAAUAAUAUAUGUGAAGUGUUCAAUAGGCAGUUGAUAGGAGCCAGAGACAAACCUGUAAUCACAUGUUUAGAGUUCAUAAGAGUGUACAUGACCAAAAGAAUUGUGAAUGUAAAGAAGAUUCAAGCUAAAGCUCAUGGUCCAUUAACUCCUCAUGCUCAAGAAGUGUUUAAUAAGAUCAAAGAAGAAGCCUCACAACUAAAUGUUUUAAUGGUGGAUGCAGUACAGUACCAGGUGAAUAGCUCAAGAUCCCGGUGUGUUGUUAAUAUGAAGAACAGAACAUGCACCUGCAGAAAGUGGGAUUUAACUAGCAUGCCAUGUAAACAUGCAGUGGCUGCUAUCAAUGAUAUGGCCAGGAAUGAUAUUAGGAUAGGGGUGCCAGAAGAAUUGGUUGAUGAAGUGUAUUGGUUAUCCACAUGGAAGGAGGUUUAUGAGAAUGUGAUUAAUCCAAUUCCCGGGCCUGAGAAUUGGAUACCCUCACAAUGUCCCACCAAACUUCUGCCUCCCAAACACCAUAAGCAGGUUGGGAGACCACAAAAGAAGAGAAAGAAAUCAGUUGGUGAGGCUGAAGUUGAAGCUCAUUUUGAUAGUGAGGGAAAAAUGACCAAGAAGGGCAAUACAACCAAGUGCAGCAAGUGCGGAAAUUUGGGACACAACAGUAGGACAUGCAAGGGGCAGGGUGGGGAGAAUGUUGUACAUGCACCAAGUGAGGAUCAAGUUGCAGGUGGAGAAAACAAAACCAGGAAGGGCAAGUGUAGCAAGUGUGGAACCUUGGGUCACAACAGUAGGACAUGCAAGGGCCAGGGAGGGGAGAAUGUUCAAGAAUCUCAAACUGCAACACAAGGUGCACCAACUUCGAGUGAAGCUUAG